AUGUUCGGCUGGGGCGAAGGACAAGAGCAGUACGACCAGGUCUACAACCAGGACCAGCCCGACCAUGAGGGCAAGUUCAGCCAUGAGCUUCUCGCUGGUGGUGCCUCUUUCGCUGCCAUGAAGGUCUUCGAGGACCAGCAACGCCGUGAGGGCAAGACCGUCAACCACCAAUUCGCCAAGGAGAUGCUCGCCGGCAUCGCCGGUGGCGAGGUUGACAAGCUUUGCGAGACCAAGGGUGCCGACUACAUCGACCGCGAGCGUGCUAAGCGUGAGGCGUCCAAGCGCACCGAGGACAUGUACGACCAGCACUACGGCCAAAACGACCAAUACGAUCCCAACGAGCAGCGCCCUCACCAGAGCCUCCAGGACUCGUUCCAGGGCAACAACAACUGGUAG